AUGCUGCAGCCUAUCAUUACUUCUUACUUCCCGCACAAGAAACUCAGUAAGCUGGCCCAGACAACUUACAUCCGCAAUCUCCUCACCUUAUCUGGGUAUUGCCCCGCGCUCAGCGAUGCUAUAUUAUCGCUGAUUGUUGAGCGAGCACAACAAAUCGAUGUUGAGAUUCAAGUCGAGCUGGAAGACUUGGACGAUGACAACGACCCUGAAGGUGGUGAUAUAUUCAAUCUGGAUGGGUUUGACAGCGUCAUCGGCGAAGAAGAUCAUUUGCAGAACCCAGUCUUUGGAGACGAGGACGAAGAGGAAAUUCUUGACGGACUUAGUGACAUUUCUUCCGAGAACGGAGACUUGGCUGAGGACGACGUCGCUGAAGGGCCCUCGAACGUAAAGCACAUCCAGGACAUGGUAUCUAAGCUCGAUGCAAUGUUAAACUUGGUAUUUGAGCACUUGGCGGCGAUACCUAGUGAAACGCUCUCUUCGUUCCCCUCGUCCUCAACCAAACAGCCACCAAUAAUCCCAGUUACCCCGGAGCGACAGCUCGAAAUUCGACACUCUCAGCUUUGGAACCUAAUUGCAAUAUUCAAACGAACGAUUGUCAAAACACACAAAUCCCGAUAUACCCAAUUCCUUCUUUUUUGGUAUUCAUCCCUUCAUGCCGAUUUUACCGAUGUCUUUCUGGGGGUUCUCAUGGAUCGACUGAUGGACACUACACUUCCCGAUAUGGCUCGCGUAGGAGCUGCGAGCUACGUUGCCAGCUUUAUCAGCCGCGCAAAGCAUAUUGAUACGGCUAAUGCGCGUGCUGUUAUUGGUGUCUUGUGUGAUUAUCUCCGCGAUACUGUCGACAAGGUCGAGGAGCUUGAAGCGCGGGAUUCUAAUUUCACACCCGUUGUCUCCCAAUAUGCAUUGUUCUACGCUAUUGCACAAGCAGUAUUCCUUAUCUACUGUUUUAGGUGGAGGGAGCUUGGGGAGGACCCGGAUGAACUAUUAGUCGAAGGAGAUGAAUCGCCAAAAUUAUGGAUGCCAGAUUUGCUGGUUGUGCAACGAGCAAUAAUGUCCGCACUAAAUCCCCUGAAGAUUUGUGCGGUAAAUGUGGUGCAACAAUUUGCUCGUGUAUCGAAUAGCACAGGUUUCGUUUAUUGCUUUACCAUUUUAGAGUCUAAUCGCCGUUCAGACCUUGCCACGGCGGAAACUCCUCCUCCUCAGUACGGAACACGGCUAAAAAUCGACCCAAAACACGCACGGCUUAUGCGGGAUCCUGCGCUGGACGCCGAUCUCAAUGCAUUCUUCCCUUUCGAUCCAUACAAACUCCCUAUAUCACACAAAUACAUCGAUCACGUUUACCGUGAGUGGUCAUCGGUAGCUCUCGAAGAGGACGAGGACAGCGAUGAAGAGGAGGAAGAGGAGGAAGAGGAGGAAGAGGCUCUACCAGAACCCCAACCUCAAUCGCCAGUUGGGAGCGAUGGUACUGAAAGUGAAAGCGAUGACGAAAGCGAGGGCUCAGUUGCUCGCAGUGCUGCUAGUCUAGAUCCCGCGGGUAUACCCAUCCCCGGUUCAACUGCAGACUUACUCGGGGUUUCUUUUGGUGGAAUGAGUAUAUCACCCGGUGUGCACCGAUGA